UGACAGCUGUUUGACAAAUGUAUAAGACAGGAUGCAACACGCAGGAGAAACAGAUCAAGACAUCCAUAUACUAAGAAUGAGUGAAACUCCAAUAGAGCUUGAGCUAUCAGUCCAGCCAUCGUCACAGCCAGAAUCGGAGAGGGAGCUACGGCCUCCGCCUCUGUUUCAGCUGCCCUUCCCCACCCAAGAUCCCUCCAACAUCUAUCAACAAACCCAGCUCCAGCCUGAGCUACAGCUAUCACAGAACCAAGCAAAGCCAGUGUGGAUAAAUCAUCGAAGGCUGUUUCUCCUCUUUUUGGGGGUUUUCUUAUGUGCUGCCAUUCCGCUACUUAUUUGCUAUAUGCAUCAUAUUCUUCAAAAUAGGAGCAAUAACCAGAAAGACAAAGUGACUCCAUGUCUCUCCCCAGCCUGUCAGUGGGCCUCGGCCCAUCUGUCCAUGUCUGCUGAUCCCUUCACGCAGCCCUGUGAUUACUUCUUGUUCACAUGUGGAUCCGGCAGACUUUCACUAGACAGUGGGGGGAGGCAAAGAGGUCAGGGCAUCCCUGGACAUCCACAGAACCAGAGGGAAAAGGCAGUGUGGCUAGAGAGGAGAGGACAGAGUAAAGAGAAAGAAGACGGAGAGAGGAGAGAGGAAAAAAUACUGGAUAGAAAAACUGUGCUGCUGCAGUAUCUUAGGGAGAUCUUGGAAUCAAAUGACAGACCGGGUAGUACAGCAGUGCAGAAGGCCAAAGGAUUUUACUAUUCCUGUUUGGACACCAAAUCCAUAGAGACGGCUGGAGCAGAACCCUUCCUUUCACUCAUCCAGAAACUGGGAGGUUGGGCAGUAUCAGGCCAGUGGCAUCAGACUGAUUUCAACUCCACCUUGAGCCUGCUCAUGAGAGACUACGCCACCUUUCCAUUCUUCAACCUCUAUGUGGGUAAAGACCCAAAUGAAAUUGCCCGCGGGAUAAUCAAAAGAUACAUACAGAUUGAUCAGCCAGAUCUGUUGAUCCCGAUUGAAUGGAACAGAAAGACGCUGAAGUCUCAAGCUAAAACUCAGACACUACGUCCCUUCUUGGCAUCAUGUCAGAGAUACCUGGCACUAUUGGGGGCCCUGCCCAGCAGCAGCAUGUUCCACGUGGGCAACUUUAUGUCUCUGUCCUCUGAGCUCGCUGUGGCUGCUGCACCCCUGGACUAUCGCCUGUCGAAAGGGCAGCUCUAUCAGCGCAUGACCAUCAAAGAGCUACAGAGCCAGGCCCCUGCCAUUGAUUGGCUGGGCUGUCUGCAGGCCGCUUUCCAUCAACUGCCUCUCAUCGAAGAUGAUCACGUCCUUCUGCAUAACUUACCCUACAUUGUGCAAAUGUCCCGAAUCAUUGGCAAAUGGCUGAACAAGCACGAGCUGAACACCAGCGGCCCCAUUCAUACUUACAUGGUCCUUAAUCUGCUGCACACCUUGAUACCUGCUCUAGACUCCAGGUUUUCUGAAACGGAGAAGAAUUUGUCUGUGGCUCUAGGUUACACUGAAGAGGUAGCCCCUCGCUGGAAACACUGUGUGUUAGAGACUGAGAGAGGAUUUGACUCAGUUCUUACACACCUUCUCAGUGAAAGGACAGCACACAGAGACGCAGAGGAGAUUAUUCAAAAUAUAUUUUCCUCCUUCAAGUCCAAAUUACAUGAACUCAAGUGGAAAGAUCAGAAGUCUCUCCAGUUUGUGAUGAAAAAGGUUCAGUCUUUAAUUCCAAGACUUUGGACUACAAAACAGAUCUUGAGUGAGGCCGAGCUUGACCUGCUAUUUUCCAAGGUGACAGUCAGCUAUGGCACACAUAGCUUCUUCUCCAACUACGUCCAGCUACUGUCCUUGUGGCAAAAGAGACUCCGUCAACUCUUGACUGAGCAGACUGAGGAGGCUGAUAUUCUGUCUGUCAAACCAUUUAUCCUGGGUGAUGAGCUCCUCUUUCCCAUGGGAAUGUUUAUCCCUCCUCUCUUCCAUCCUUCCUAUCCUAGGGCAAUGAAUUAUGGUGUAAUAGGUUUCCUUAUCGCCAAAGAUAUCCUCCACCUGAUUCUGCCUGACAUUUACUCUCAAAGUGAGACGGUGCAUGCUGUUGGGGAAUGUGUGUGGGCUCACUACCUCACUGUGACAGAAAAAGCAGGCCGAGGUGGGGCGUUUUCUCUCUCAGCGGCACAGCAGCAGGAGGUGUGGGUGCAGUAUUCCGCGCUGCAGAUAGCAUUGCAGGCUUAUCAUCAGAGUCUGAAGAAACAUCCAAGUGACACUUCCAUCUCAGGACUAUCACUCACUCGUCUGUUUCUCACAUCUUUUUCUCAGGUUAACUGUGACUCAGACCCAUACCAUGAAUUCAUGCCCUUGGAGCCCUCCUUCUUGAUUACAGUGAUUUGUGCCAAAUCUGACCUGUGUCCUACAAGCCUGCAGUGCCCCAGUAAAACCCAGCAGCAUUCAUUACAAACAUGCUGAGUACAUUCUCAAGACCUGCACUCGUAUUUUUGUUGUUAUUUAUUAAUAUGGAUUGUCUGGCAUUACUAUCCACUUGGUGCUGUAGAAAUUAAGCGCACUGUGGAUGUUUACAAAUUGUUGUUACAAAGAUAGUUUAUUUAUUAUAACAUACAUUAAUUGUGAGAGUACACUGACACUUUGUACAGUAGUGUGCUAGUUGUUAAGAUGUUUGGAUUUCCAUAGACUGCACAAGCUGUUACAUAUUCAUGUAAAUAAAAUAAACAUAAGAAAAACCGUUUUCACCUCACGUCACAGAUCCACUUCAUCACACAUGCUGCCAUGGUAAAAAAAAACGAUUCGUUUUAAAUGAGCUCCUAGGUGAUGGAGACAAUCAUCUCCAACAGCAACUAAAUAAUUAUUUUUGAAAAACAAACAAAAAUCACAAACUUACCAUUUGAAAAUCAGGUCAUGUAGCUAGCUAGCUAGUGCCUGUCAAACUUUCCAACAAUCAGCUGGGGAGUUUUUUUGUUUGGUUUUCUUUCUGAAAAUAUGAAAUAGGCUAACAGCAAAAAUGCGGAGGAAAGCCACAGCCAAGGGCGCAAAGGGAAAUGCCAAUACCAACAUUAAAGCAAGAGAAAAUACACAGCUAAAGGUAAUAAAACAAAUAGGACGACCUACCAAAACUCCGACUGGGAAAGGCCUGGGAAAAGCAGGAGCUAAGCGUUUGGGCCGACUUCUAAAACGAGCCAUCCAGGACCCGGAGGAGUCCAACGUGAAGGGAAAAGUGUCUCUGCCAAAGACUCCCGUUCGCCUAUUCAAGCAUCAGAUUCAAACGGAGGCUGAGAAUGCACCCAAGACAAACACUGCAAAGUCGGCCUCGCCUCAUGUCCCCCAGCUCAUCCUCAAUGUUGUUUCCCAGUGCAAACACCGAGGCGGCAUCUCCAUGGCAGAGCUCAAGCAGACGCUGGCUGCUGGAGGCUACAAUGUCACCAAGAACAACAGGCGGGUGAACGCGGCGACUCAAAGGCUGGUUAACAAUGACAAACUUGUACGAACUACAAGGAAUGUAACAUUCAGACUCAACAAUGAGAAAAAGCAAGGAAGGACAAGUAGUGUGAUAUCCCCACAACUAAAAGGAGUUCUGAAGAAGAGCAAAACAAAAUCCACCAAAUCCAAAACACAAGCAGAAAAGUCACAGAGACAAGCCAGAAAGACUCCCAAACCAAAAGGCAAGACUCGUAAGCCAGCAGCCAAAUCACCAAAACCAAAAGGCAAGACACCCAAAGCGAGAAGAAAAUCACCAAAGCCAACAGGGAAGAAAAGCAGAUCUGCAACGAACUGCGUGGCACGGGUUCGAAAGGCACCAAGGAAGGCUCAAAGGGCUCAGAGACGUCGACCAAAGCUAAACCGGCCUCCGUGUAAAUCUUCCCGGAAAAGCCAGCAACCAAGGCCAAGACUAAAAACACAGCGACGUCGGGUUACCGGGAUAAGAGCUUACUACUAUUAGCAUUUAGAGUAAUUAAUGGUGAGCAGUAAUAAACUCAAACCUUUCUAGCAACCUGAAA